AUGGGAUCAGGCAGCGCCUUCUCCUGGUUGCCUUGCUUGCAUGGCCAUGGCCGCAGGGGCACGUCGUGUGCGGCAGCGUGCGUUAUGCUUGUGGCGUUGGUGAUCUUGGCGGUGGUUUCCGUGGAUCCCAGGGCACAAGCUUCCUGGUUCUUGCUUUCUACCUCGGCUGCUCCAGCUGGCUCUGCUGCCUCCUUGCGUCAGCCGAGUGGUGGUGGUUGGGGCGGCAAUGGCGGCGGCGGCGGCGGUGAGCACCUCCUGGUCACCUCUAGUAGCUUCGGCGGUGGCGCUCGUCGUGGCAGGAACAGCACGAGCAAGGAGGUGCUGUUCCAGGGAGGCGGCGGCGUUGAUGGUACGGCAUCGGCGGCGCCGGCGUUGAUCGUCAGCUCUAUCUCCGGCGACGUCGUGUCGCCGUCCCGUGUGGCCGUCGCGCCGGCGGCGGCGGAACCUACAAUGGCGCCGGCGCCGGCGCCAGCCCCGGAAUGGGGUGUUGGUGAUGCUGCUGCUGCUGGUAGUGCAGACGAUAAUAUCAUUCAGGUAACGCCGCAAGUGCAGAGAAGAAGGGAUGCAAAAUUAGAGCGAUUAGAACUCGGUCUUGCGAAAGCUCGGGCAGCGAUAAGGGAAGCCAUCAAGAACAAGGAGAAACUGCCCCCAUUGCCUGACAAAGAUUAUGUGCCAGUUGGGCCAAUCUACAGAAAUGCCUAUGCAUUUCACAGGAGCUACCUGGAGAUGGAGAAGCUGUUCAAGGUGUACGUGUACGAGGAAGGCGAGCCGCCGGUGUUCCACGACGGGCCGUGCCGCAGCAUCUACUCGACGGAGGGGAGGUUCAUCUACGCGAUGGAGGCGGAGAGCCGGAUGCGCACGAGGGACGCCGGCGAGGCGCACGCCUUCUUCCUCCCGUUCAGCGUCGUCAAGAUGGUGAAGACGAUCUACGAGCCCCGCUCGCGCGACAUGGCGCCGCUGCGGCGGACCGUCUCGGACUACAUCGACGUGGUGGCGGCCAGGCACCCGCACUGGAACCGCAGCCUUGGGGCGGACCACUUCAUGCUCUCCUGCCAUGACUGGGGGCCGUACGUGUCGGCGGCGAAUGUCCAUCUCUUCUCCAACUCCAUCAGGGUGCUCUGCAACGCCAACACGUCGGAGGGGUUCGACCCGUCGAGGGACGUCUCCCUGCCGGAGAUCAACCUGCGGAGCGACGCCGUGGGCGGCCAGGUGGGCGGGCCGUCGGCGUCGCGGCGGCCGAUCCUCGCCUUCUUCGCCGGCGGCGGCGACCACGGCCCCGUCCGGCCGCUGCUGCUGAAGCACUGGGGCAGGGGGCAGGACGCCGACGUGCAGGUGAGCGAGUACCUCCCCGGCCGCCGCGGCGGGGCGUCGUCGUACACGGACAUGAUGCGGCGGAGCAGGUUCUGCCUGUGCCCGAGCGGGUACGAGGUGGCGAGCCCCCGGGUGGUGGAGGCCAUCUACCUGGAGUGCGUCCCCGUGGUGAUCGGCGACGACUACGCGCUGCCGUUCGCCGACGUGCUCAACUGGCCGGCGUUCUCGGUGCGCGUCGCGGUGGGGGACAUCCCGCGGCUGAAGGAGAUCCUCGCCGCCGUGUCGCCGCGGCAGUACAUACGGAUGCAGCGGCGGGUGAGGGCCGUGCGCCGCCACUUCAUGGUCAGCGACGGCGCGCCGCGGCGGUUCGACGUGUUCCACAUGAUCCUCCACUCCGUCUGGCUCAGGAGGCUCAACGUCAGGGUCGUCGCGCCGCCGGCGUGAACGGAGACGAUGACGACCACCGCGGUGGGAUGGGAUCCGUCGGUGGCUCACGCGUCGAUUUGCUUGCUUGCUUCUUGGUUUUCUACGUCCUGUGAAGGGCUCGUUUGAUGCAAUUUGAUGUGUACAUUUUCAUCUCUUCUUCUUCUUUGCAAAUGUGUAAAUUUUGAUCACUUCCUCUUUGCAAAUGUGUAAAUUUUGAUCGCUUGGACAAACUUUGAGUUUGUAUUCCUCUUCUACUUAA